ACUCGGGAAUUAAACCACUUACAUAACGUUAAUAGCAGAAAACAAGCUUCCUCGAUCUCCUUGUUCCCCCUAUUUAUUAUUAGUCAUCUUCAAUCAAAUAAUAACCUUAAACAUCCUCCAUCCCCGCUCCCCCUUCAUUUCGUCAAACUCUAAAUUAGUCUCUCAAUCUCAUCAUCGUCCCCCGCCCUCUGUUUCAUCCAUUUAUGCCCAUCUCGUUGUUCCCCCUCCAGCCUCUCACGCGCGGUGGGUGAGCAGCGGGGAAACAACGACAGACAUAUAGCCCUCCCUGCCCAUCCACCUCCUAAUCUCUCUCCUCUCUCUCGCUGCGUCCAUCUCAUAUCUACCUUAUAUAUAUUAUUAUAUAGUUGGGCGUGACGGCGACGACAACAGGAAGAAGGUCAUUGACCACCACCACCACCGCCGCCCCUACGAUGACGUACAACACGCACCCGUUCCAGCUGUUGGAGAUCAACGUGAUCUCGGCACAGGACCUAGCCCCCGUGUCGAAAUCCAUGAAAACGUACGCGGUGGUGUGGGUCCACCCGGAGCGCAAGCUUAGCACAAAGGUCGACCAGGGAGGCAACACCAACCCUCAGUGGAACGAGAAGUUCGUCUUCCGCGUCGAUGACACCUUCCUCGAUGCCGAAAGCUCCGCCAUCAUGAUCGAGAUCUACGCCGCCGCCUGGCUCCGCGACGUCCAGAUCGGCUCCGUCCGCGUUCUCAUCAGCAACCUCUUCCCCUCCUCCGGCAACGGCAACCACAACAAUGCCAAGAUGCGGUUCGUCGCGCUCCAGAUCCGCCGGCCCUCCGGUCGGCCGCAAGGGAUCCUCAACAUGGGUGUGCAGCUCCUCGAUAACACCAUGCGCUCCAUGCCGCUCUACACCGAGCUCUCUGCCUCCGGCGUCGCCUUCAACGACCUCCUCGACGCCAAGGCCACCGCUGGGGGUGCGAAGAAUCUCGAGGAGAAGACCGCCAAGCUCCGCCGCACCAAGAGCGACCGCACCGACCUCACCUCAGCCGACAACGACACCCACGUCACCCGUGGCCGCAGGGGCAGCUCUGUGGUGGGGGCCAGCUACGUCGGUGGCGGGUCCCUGGUCAGCUCCUCCGUCGUACCCAGAAAGGAAAAUGGAGGAGGAGGAAAUGGAAAUCAUCACAAUAACAACAACCAUCGUAACAACAGCGGCAACGGGAACGGGAGCAUGGUGAACGGUGGGUCCCAGUGCUCGGACGUUGGGCCAUCGGCGUCGGUGGUGGCGGCGGCGAUUGCCAAGGGGCUGAUCAGGACGCCAGCUGGCGGAAACGAUGCGGGCAGCUCGGUGCUAGACGACUGGACGGAGAAUGACAGCGUGGAAGGGCUGAGGACGAAGCUGGAGAGGUGGAGGACGGAGCUCCCUCCCAUCUACGACACCGACGUCAAGAAGAUGCAGUCCAGGAGCAGGCGGAAGGGGAACCACCACCAGCGCCGGAAGUCGGAAGGUACGAGGUUGUUCUCCUGCUUCGGGAACGCCUGCGGCUGCGAGAUCACCAUCACGUGCGGCGGCGGGAAUAAGAAGAAGAAGAACGGCGGUGGCAAUGAUCAGAAUAAGCACGAUGGUCGGCAACACUCCAGCUCCCUUGACAGCCAAUCCUAUUUUUAAUAACUUUUCCACACCUGAAAAAGAGAACAAAAUGAAAGGUAAUUUGGAGGGAAACGGUCAAAUGAAAUUAUUCAUUUGAUGAGUUAGGGUUUGUAAAUGGAGGUUAAUUUUUUCUAAAAAAAAAUAUAUUACAAGGGUGAGAGACACAAACCCUAGAGAUUUUAUGUUGGUCUAACUGGUGAUGGCUGUGUAGAGGUUAGGAAGAGAGAGAGAGAGAGACAUCACUCUGGCUUUUGUUUCUUCCUCAUUUUGAACUAACAAUUUUUUUUUUCUUCUCGUCAUCAUGAUUGGUUUAUGAUAAUUUUCAUCAUUUUCAUUGAUGGAAAUAUUUGUUUUUAUAUGUGAGGUUUGUUUAUACUUUAUAUUUAUUUGUUUGUGUUCCCCCUCUCGUGGUUGUGGGGAAAUCUUUAAUUGAAGAGAUGCAAGGUCAGACUAAUUACAUACAUUAUCCUUUCUUUCACUUGAUUUGUGUUUGAUUACGGGUAUGGAUGGAGUAUGAUGAGGCUCAAACUCUAUUAUCUAAACAUAUUAAUGAACAUAUAAAAUUAAA